AUGGCGUGGGGGACACUCCGCUACCAAACGUAUAAAUACCUCUGCUGUUGGUGUAGUGUGUCUGUCUCGGUCCUCUGUCUCUUACUCUCUUGCUCCGUCUCUCCCAAUCGCUCAAUCGCUCACUCACGCACCAUGACUCAAGAUCAAGCUCAAGUCCAAUACUCUCUGCCCCAACACAAGGAAAACGUAGUCCUCGCCACCGGCAAAUGCCAGUACUCCGCAAAGGACAACGUCCUCUUGACUGACUACAAGUACAAGACCUCCACCGUCAAGAACAACAAGGCCGAUGGCUCCAUCAAAGUCUCCCUGGAAGAACAGGACUACAAAUUCAAGAUCGACUUGAAAGUGCCAAAAGUUGGUGUCAUGCUCGUAGGCUUCGGCGGUAAUAACGGGUCCACUUUGUUAGCCUCCAUCCUCGCUAACAAACACAACAUCUCCUUCCAUAACAAGGACGGAGAAAUUAAACCAAAUUAUUUGGGGUCCAUGACUCAAUCCGCUACUGUCCAUUUGGGCAGAGACGAGGAAACAGGAAGAGAUUUCUUCCAACCUUUCAACGCCGUCUUACCCAUGGUCAACCCCAACGAUUUGAUCGUCACAGGGUGGGAUAUUAGCAAUUUGAACUUGGCUGAAUCCAUGCAGAGAGCUCAAGUCCUGGAUUACGAUUUGCAAAGACAAUUGACUCCCUUGAUGAAGGAGUACACCCCAAUGAAAUCCAUCUACUACCCGGAAUUCAUCGCCGCUAACCAAUUCGAUAGGGCUAAUAACUGUAUCAAUAGUAAAGGCGAUGAAUUCACUACAAAGGGCAAAUGGGAUCACAUGAUGCAGGUUAGAUCAGAUAUCAAAACUUUCAAAACUGAAAACCAAUUGGAUAAAGUUAUUGUAUUAUGGACCGCCAACACUGAAAAAUUCGCUCAAAUUGUACCAGGUGUCAAUGAUACACAUGAAAACUUGUUGCAAGCCAUCAAGAACGACCAUGAGGAAAUUGCUCCAUCCACUUUAUUCGCCGUUGCAUCCAUCCUCGAGGGCGUCCCAUACAUUAAUGGGUCUCCUCAAAACACGUUUGUCCCCGGUUUGAUUAAAUUGGCUGAACAUGAAAAUGUUUUGAUUGCUGGUGACGAUUUCAAGACCGGUCAAACUAAAUUGAAAUCUGUAUUGACUCAAUUCUUAGUCGACGCGGGCAUUAGACCAGUAUCCAUCGCUUCAUACAACCAUUUGGGGAAUAAUGACGGUAAGAACCUUUCCUCGCAAAUGCAAUUCAAAUCAAAGGAAAUCUCCAAGAGUGGUGUCAUUAACGAUAUCUUGGAAUCCAAUUCCAUCAUGUACGGUGAUGAUCCAGAAAAGGCAAGAAUCGACCAUUGUAUCGUCAUUAAAUACAUGCCCGCCGUCGGGGACUCCAAAGUCGCCAUGGAUGAAUAUUACAAUGAAUUGAUGCUCGGUGGCCAUAAUAGAAUUUCCCUACAUAACGUUUGUGAAGAUUCCCUAUUAGCUGCCCCAAUCAUCUUGGAUUUGGUCAUCAUGUGUGAAUUCUGUUCCAGAGUCACUUACAAGGAGGCCAACGAUAACGGUGAUUAUAAGAAAUUCCAUCCAGUGUUGACUUUGUUAAGUUAUUGGUUGAAAGCUCCAUUGGCAAGAGAAGAUUUCUUACCAGUGAAUGGGUUGAUGAAACAACGUGCUGCCUUGGAAAAUUUCAUGAGAUUGUUGAUCGGGUUGCCCGCAAAUGAUGAAUUGAGAUUCGAAGAAAGAUUAGCUUGA